AUGAAUAAGACUUUUGCUAAGGUAGAAAGUAGUGAAGAGUCAAGACUAGUUGUUGAGGUCAAAGCACUCUCAAACCAAAUGAAUGAGAGAUCUGACAACCAAGAUAACAAGUUCAGAAGUCUUGAAAGAGAUAUUAAGGUAAUGGCAGAUGGAUGUGACAAUUGUGGACAGUUGCAUUACAUGGAAGAUUGCCCGGACCAGCUAGCUCAGGAUGUUAAUUAUGUUCAGAAUCAACCACAGGGAAACUUCAGUCAGAACACCGGUUAUCAAAGCCAGAAUUCAGGUACUUCUUAUCCCUCAUCUUCUUUUAAUACUAACAAUUAUGGGUAUGGUGGCAACAGGUUCAGCAGGUUUAAUAGUCAACAGAGCGCGACUGUUGAGUUUAGAGAUAUUGUGAAGGAUUUCAUUGGUGCUCAGAGAGCUACAAACGAGCAAGUAGCGGAAGAAUCCAAGAAGAUGCAUUCGGCUUUGGAUGCGGUCACUACUCGUUUGGAUGGUUUGACGAAUAAGUUGGAGCAGAAUACUAAGAGCACUCAAGCUACCUUCAAGGAUUUGGAAACGAAGCUGGAAAGGCUAGGAAAUUCAAAUAGGCAGCCCGGUACUCUACCGAGCAAUACUCAGAAAAAUCCCAAGCCUCAGCAGAAUAACCAAGGAUCGGGAUCAAAGUACAACCUUUCUAAUGCUCGACAUGAGCAAGUGAAUGCGAUCACAACAAGAGCAGGUAAUACUUAUAAUUAUGCAAAUCCGUUACCUGAUGAUACUACUCCUCUUGUGCGGGUUGAAACUGAUGAAGUUGUUGAUGAUGAGAUUGAGAUGGAGCCGAACCCAGCCGUGAAGACACCGGCCGUUCCAUUCAAAGCUGUCGAGAAACCUACUGUUGAGAAGCCACCGGUUAAACCGUAUCAACCGAAGAUACCAUUUCCUCAACGAUUGAGGAAGGCAAAGAUCAAGGAAAAUUACAAGAAAUUUGUUGAUUUGAUUCAAAAUGUUAACAUUACUAUUCCUUUAGUUGAUGUUCUUGCAGGUAUGCCAAAUUAUGCAAAGUUUUUCAAGGAACUCAUCUCGGAUAAGAAGAAGUUGGAAGAGGCGAAGACGGCAGUCAUGAGUGCCGAGUGUUCCGCCAUGAUCAAGAACGAGAUUCCUCCUAAGUUGGAAGACCUAAGGAGUUUUCUUAUCUAUUGUUCUUUUGGUGCUAUAUUGUAUAAGGCACUAGCCUAUCUAGGGGCUAGCAUUAAUUUGAUGCCUUAUUCGGUUUAUAAAAAGUUGUCUUUAGAAGAAGAAGAUGCUUUGGAGAAAGAGCUCAUGGAUAUCUUGGACAUGGAAGAUGGACAAGCAUUGCUCGCUUGUAAUGAAAAAGAUAAAGUGUUAGUUGAAGAGAUGGUGUAA